AUGAGAGCCAAAGAUCGGAUUUUGGGAGGUCACCCAUCACUGUUCUUCCUUGCAACCACUGAAUAUAUAUUUGCUAAUAGUUUUUCGAUGUCAGAACAUACUGAACACUUCGAAGACGCACAGUCUACGCUCGUCGUCGGCGCGUCGGAACCCCUUUUGUAUCCAUCGAACGAGCUCACGGGAGACACCACUCUGGAUGCUGUCUUCGGCAGCAUUGAGACUUUGAAACCGAACCCUGACGUGCAAACUGGUUUGGAUGAGGACGCAGUACAUGCAUUAGAACGGGAGGCGAAUCGCGUCCGAACCUCUGCAUUUUUACGAGACCAGGCUAUCGCCGACGGAACCGUGACGGCUGAGGAGGCCGAAAGCAUGGAAUUCGGUUAUUAUUAUCCUACCGAAGAAGAUAUAGAUCAUAUCGCCUUAGAAGAGCUUGGGAGUCGAUACGGUUCAUCACCAGGUUCACAAUGUUCAUUCCAGAUUUUAUACCGGGCUCGACAGCAGAGAGAGCGCGAACUAAAGUAUAGAGUAAAUGUUCGAAUUAGAGAGGAGGUUAACAGGGAGAUGGCCCGGUCGCAAGAGGUAUCAAGGCAGAGUUGCGAAAGUCACAAACAAGAAAUGGAAAAAAAAUGUGGAAAGGAUUCUGGAAAGGAUUGUGGCAAGGAAACUAGUGCCAACAUGGAAACUGGUCCUUGA